UCCCUCUGUUCUCAGUCUUCGAUUUGGAAACUCUCUCAGCAAUGGAUCUGAACAACUUCUACAGCGAGAACAUCAGUAUUAACCACAGCACGCUCUUCAACGACAGCAGAAACCUCACAUUCUUACCGUUCUACCAGCAUUCCCUCGCCGUGGCCUCUGUCAUUAUCCUGGCUUACGUGCUCAUCUUCUCGCUGUGCAUGCUGGGAAACAUCCUGGUGUGCUUCAUCGUGCUGAAAAACAGGCAGAUGAGAACCGUCACCAACAUCUUCAUACUCAACCUGGCCAUCAGCGACCUGCUGGUGGGCAUCUUAUGCCUUCCCAUCACGCUGGUGGACAAUCUGAUCACAGGCUGGCCGUUUGAUGUGCUCAUCUGUAAAAUGAGUGGACUCGUGCAGGGAGCUUCAGUCUCGGCGUCUGUCUUCACGCUGGUGGCCAUCGCAGUGGAAAGGUUUCGCUGCAUCGUCUAUCCGUUCCAGCAGAAGCUGACGCGGCGUCAGGCCAUCAUCACCAUCGCCUUCAUCUGGGCGCUGGCCGUGGGCAUCAUGUGUCCGUCCGCCAUCACGUUGACCGUCUCGCAGGACGUGUUGCACUUCACCGUGGAUGGGGACAAUGAGACGCACCCGCUCUACACCUGCUGGGAAGCCUGGCCCGACCAGAGCAUGAGGAAGAUCUACACCACCGUGCUUUUCUCGCACAUCUACCUGGCUCCGGUCACGCUCAUCUUCAUCAUGUACUCGCGCAUCGCGGUCAGGCUGGUCAAGCCGCCCGUCUUCCGCCGCAAGCUGCGCGUGGUGAACAUGCUCCUGAUGGUGGCGCUGCUCUUCGCCGUGUCCUGGCUUCCGCUCUGGAUCCUCAUGAUGCUGACGGAUUACGGAAAUCUUUCGGCCGCUCAGCUGGACCUGGUGGCCGUCUAUGUCUUCCCAUUCGCUCACUGGCUGGCCUUCUUCAACAGCAGCGUCAAUCCUAUCGUUUAUGGCUACUUCAACGAGAACUUCCGGCGCGGAUUCCAGGCGGCGUUUAAGCUAGGUUUGUGUGUGGUGGACGAGCCACCGCAGCCCAGACGCAACGCAGCGUGGAAACACAACCGCGUGUUUGUGGACCGAGAUGAGACGAACGCAAAGAGCGAUGACAGGAGAGAGUGGAGAGACGGAGAGCAGAGAGACGAGCUGGUGCUGGAGGAUCUGGACUGAG